AUGGUGGCUCGCAAUUUUCCACCAGAAAACAUAAUUGUGAAGGAUGAUAGAAUAACGUGUUACAAGCAUCUUGAUUGUGACACAUCAUUACAAUGUUUGGACUGGCGCGAGAUUUGCAAUGGGAAAAUUGACUGCGUGGAUGGAUCCGAUGAAUUGAAUUGCUGGCAACUCGAAAUAAACGAAUGUGCUGAGAAUGAAUAUCGAUGCCACAAUGGUCAAUGCAUUCCAGCAGAAUUUUUCCACGAUAUUCCUUCAAAUCCAGAUUGUUUAGAUAGAACAGACGAGCGCUUUUUAGCACUAUCUUCUCCCGGAUGUUUUAAAGAUCCUAGCUUUCGCUGUGAAGAACAUAGUUGUCGACCAGGAUAUGCAGAAUUUCCUUGUGGCGAUGGAGGCUGUAUAGUGGAGAAGACAAAUCGGUGUAGAAACAAGCGUGGUGAAAUGAUAUCAUCGGAUGAUUUAUGUUCGAAAACCAUGGAAUGUAUCACAAAUACCAAGUCAUUCAUUGACAACGCUGUUAGAGAAGUUUGUGCAACAAAGAUAUGUCCGGGUCUCAUUUGUCCUAAAAGCAACUGCCCAUCUUUAUAUCAGUUUCCAUCAUAUCCUAUUUUAUUCGGAAAUGUAUGGUUCAUACAUGAAAAUAAAGAUAGACAGCUCAACAUGUUCCCAGUUGUCCAACUGCCCAAGUAUAUGUGCUACGAUGAUCAACGUUUUAUAUCACAAUGUUUUCCAUUUGCAAUACGUAUUAAUGAUUCAGCUUGUUAUAAUUUUGAUAAAUUAGGACUCCCAACAGUAAUGAUAUAUAAUGACUUGAUUCUUGAAGUCCAAAAAUUAUUUCGACCUUGUAUAAUUGUAUCAAAUGAAACGCAAUAUUGCAAUCAUUCAACGAUUUAUCAGUGUCAGAAUUCAACUAGAUGUAUAUCAAAACAUCGCCUUGUCGAUUCUAUUCAGGACUGUCCUUUCAACGAUGACGAAAUGUUUAAUCAGAGUUGUUCACUGAACGAUGCUCAUCGUCGCUUUACAUGUAGAAUACAUAAGAACAAAGUAUGUUUAGCACCAUUAACCAUUCUCGAUACUAUCUGGGAUUGUGACGAUAGAAGCGAUGAAUUCGAUACGACUACUAGUCGACAUUACAAUGAGAACUUUGAUUUUGAGAGGCUAUGUGAUAAUAGGUCAGAUGCCAUACCCGUAUCGAUCGAUGGACUAGAUGAAACGGAUGAAAAUGAAUGCCAACAUUGGCCAUGUAAUAAUACAUACACUCGAUGUGAUGGGUUUUGGUCAUGCAAAGAUGGAGCUGAUGAGGUAAAUUGUCCACCAUCGACUUGUCUAGAAUUUGAACAUAGCUGUGUCUUUCCAAGCAAUGCAUCAACAGUAUCAUGUUUACCGAUUGCUCGAGCUGGUGACGGGAUAGUCGACUGCCUUGGUGAAUUAGAUGAACGACACUCACCGAUAAAGAACUCUGCUGGCGGCUUGGAAAAGACACAAAACCCUUUUUUUUGUGGAAAUAAAACAUACAAAGUCGGAUUUGGACAUAAUGUAUUAUGUGACAAUCAGAAGCACUGUCCAUUUGGUGACGAUGAAGUGUUCUGUGAAAAGUAUUUAUCUCCAACGAAACUCCUCUGUAAUCGAGAAAUUUCAGCUCGAAAUAAAGUCGAAAACUAUUUUUGUGACGUUAUAAUGACAAAAAAUCGUAGGAAACCCUCUUUGAAACUACGCCAUAUGCCGGUAUUUCCACUACAGUUAAUGACUUAUGAGACUACCUCAAUUACACUAUCAUCAACUUACAGGACAAUUCAACUAGGUCAAAGCAUUCCAAUAAGCAACAUACGAUAUCCCGAUUCAUGGCGAUGUAAUCGAGGACUUGCUAUUUUGAUUCGAUUGAAUAAAACCAUGAAUGUUCCACGAUGUCUUUGUCCACCGAGUUACUACGGAGAUAAGUGUGAAUAUCAAAAUCAACGUGUUAGUCUCACGCUUCAAAUACGUAUGACAUCGGAUUGGCGUAUUCCAUUCACUUUUAUUCUUAGUCUGGUAGACAAUGAAAGAAAUAUUGAAUCCAAGGAUUAUAUUGAAUAUUGGGCCAUUCGGGAUUGUGACACGAAAUUUGAUGUCUAUUUACUCUAUUCAAGUCGGCCGAAAAAUCCGUCGAAAAAUUUUUCAGUAGUCAUUGAUGCAUUCAAUAAAUUAACAUUGAAAUAUCGAGCCAGUUGGAUUUUUCCAAUUCAGUUCCCAUUUUUACCUGUACAUCGUCUGGCCGUUCGACUCAUAGUUCCAACUUCAACAAUUGGUCCUCAUGAAAGUUGUACACCUUCGUGUAUUCAUGGUCACUGUUCCACUUAUGUCAAUAAUCGAAGUUCAACAUUCUGUCGAUGUCAAUCGGGUUGGACAGGUUUGCAAUGUAAUAUUCAGUAUACAUGUGAUUGUGCAUCCGAUUCAUUGUGUGUCGAUAACUCUACUUGUGUAUGUCCUACCAAUAGAUUUGGUCCUCGAUGUUAUCUUCUGCAAUCGACAUGUCAUUCUGGAUUCUGCAAAAACGAUGGUCGAUGUGUUUCUAACGAUAUACGUCAUGCACAUUUACAACAAAGAAAAGCAGUAUGCAGUUGUUCUGAAGAGUUCUCAGGAGAUUACUGUGAACGUCGAAACAUUCGAAUCGACAUAUCAUUUGACAAAAGAUUGACUAUUCCACAACUAAUCACUGUUCAUUUCAUUACAAGUCAACCUGACACAAAACAGAUUCAAAUGAGUACGAUGAAACGAAUUCCAUUCAAUCAAGAUGAAAUCAAGAUCUAUAGUUCGCUCGCUUUCAAUAUUGCUUUCGCAGCAAUAUUCAAUGAGUAUUAUCUUAUUGCUCUACGAGAGCAGAACAUCGUGGUGAAUAUUUCGACACAGAUAAUACCAUCUAAUCGAUGUCCAUUCGUUCGUGAACUAUUCAACGAAACUUUGCGUAAUUUUUCCUUACUGAGACUUGUCAAAUACUAUCAUAUUCCAUGUCAAGAACGAUCGGAAUUGGUUUGCUUCUAUGAUAAAUCUCGUUUUUGUUUAUGUGAUCUUACUAAACAAGCCAAUUGUUUUAAAUUUAAUCAUUACGAGAAUUACAGUUGUCGGGGAUAUAAUUUAUGUGAAAAUGGAGGUCAAUGCGUUGAAGAUAAUGAAAGGUGUCCGACAUUAUCAAUUUGUGUCUGUCCAGAAUGUUACUAUGGAUCGAAAUGUCAAUUUAAUACUUAUGGAUCGAUUCUCUCGUUAGAUGUUAUUUUAGGCAAUCAAAUUCGAUUAAAUACUGUCAUCCAUAAUCAACCGACCGUGGUGAAAGUAGUUAUUGUAUUUACUGUACUUACGUUGGUAUUCAGUCUUUUAAACAGUUUUUUCUCAUUGUCCACAUUUAAAAUGAAAAAGACACGUGAUGUCGGUUGUGGUUAUUAUCUGUUUAUCAUUUCAAUUACAUCAAUAAUUACAGUGUGUCUACUAACAAUUAAGGUUGCAUUUCUUCUUGCAACACAGAUCGGUUCGCUUACAAAUCGCUCGUUUCUCUACACACAAUGCGUAUCUGUUGAUUUUUUUCUUCGAGUUGCUCUAUCUACUGGUGAUUGGCUCAGCGCUUGUAUUGGUAUCGAACGUGCGACCAGUAUCUCAAAAGGAAUCAAUUUUAAUAAAAGAAAGAGCAGAAAUUGUGCUAAAUGGAUUGUGUUAAUAGUGGUUCUAUUCACUGGUUGUACACAUAUUCAUGACCCGAUUCAUCGUCGUCUCAUCGAUGAUGAAGGACAACGUACAUGGUGUCUUGCAAAAUAUUCACCAUCUCUACAAGCAUAUGAUAGAAUUGUGAAUGCUGUUCAUCUUACUAUUCCGGUUGUUUUCAAUUUUAUUUCGGCAUUGAUUAUUAUUGUUCUUGGUGCCUAUAUUCGUUCAAAAACUCAGAAAAAUCAAUCACUUAAGCAACUUUUAUUCGAACAAAUACAACUACAUAAGCAUCUACUAAUUUCACAGUAUAUUCUCCUGUUAUUGGGUUUACCUCGUUUGAUUUUUUCGUUUCUAUCUGCUUGUAUGAAAUCAAUUCGAAAUCCUUGGCUUUAUUUAAUUGGUUACUUUAUUUCAUUUAUUCCACAAAUAUCCACCUUUGUUGUGUUUGUUCUACCUUCGAAAGUCUACAUGCGAGAACUCCAUGAAUCUCUUAGACAUUUCUUUAAAAACUGA